AUGCCUUCUACAUCUCAAACAGAUCAUAAACCAUCAUCACACUCUGCGGACACUGAACGAACGACCUUCCACAAUGCGCAUGUGUCGCUUUCGCAAGAUGCAAAUUCACCCCUAAACGAGAGUACCGAACUCACACAAGGCUCUCUUCCAAUUUUGUUGCCAAGAACUUACCAACCACCGGCUCCUAGAUUCCAAAACAAGGCAAUCUCCCCAGGUCAACCCCCCGACACGCCUGAUCCUCGCUUCCGUUUGUGUGUCAAGAUUCCGUGCUCAGAUACUAAUUUAUCGCCAAUAUCACGGCUGGUAUCGACGAGCGGAGCACAGCAUCCGCGAAUGGAGGACGGCCUGAGACCGGGAGGAAUCCAAUCCAUGUGUGCCUCAAUCAUCGGCGACGCUACUAUGGAAGACAUCUCACUGAGGCCAAAUGAGGCGCCUAGUCCCGGAAUCUUGUUCGGCCCACGACGAUCCCCUCAGGGGCUGGCUGAUCGAAGAGGCCUAAGGACUAGUUCCCUGGACUGGAAGCGAUAUUCAAGUCCUCAGCACCACUCAUUUGAUGCCAGAACCAACACGCCCACUCACUCGCGAACUGUUAGUUCAGGUUCAAGUACCCGGUACGCAAGGGAUAGUCUCAUGUCGCCGGUCCUAUAUGCACGAUAUCUUGAAAAUGACCCCUUCACACAAGGGCGUCACCAUUCUUCGUCAACAUCUCAGGAGAAACUGACUUUACCCACCCCCAUUCCGGAUUCCCCUACAUUGGGUCACGAGCAUGAAGAGUCGGAUCUAUUUGCUGAUACUAGUAGAGAUGAAAUCCACGAGGAGCAGUCUUUUGAUCUCCUCAAGACAUAUAUGCGGAGCAGGAGGAACCGUACGAAACAUUCCAAUGACGGAACCGCCCCCCCUACCAGCGCCAAUCAAUCUGCAACCAAGACAUUGGGUUCUAAACAUCGUGGGGUGCACUGGUACAGCUCCAGCUUCGCUUUAAACAAAGUCAAGAGCCACGAGGCGUUCACGUUACUUCCCCAGCCAUCACCGGCCAGCAAUCAACGCAUUCAUUCCAGCCGGCCGCCAGAUAUUAGCACACUACCUCUAAAUUACCCGUUUAGGAAACCCGCCAAAACGUGCGGUAUAUCAGAUAAAUCUACAGCAUUAGCAUUACAAAUAUUCGAUACAACGUCACGACUCGCGUCGGUGGCAAACAAACGCGACUCUAUCCUCUCCAUCACUCCCCGGCCAAACCAAUCAUGCGACGCGCAAAAGCAAUCCUGUGUUCCUAAACCUUCCAGGCUUGGCAGUCUAUUCUCUCGGCACAUUCGAAGCGGAUCAUCGGGCAGCAGCGCUGCAGAAUUCCAAGCCCCCGUCGCAAAUGCAUCUAGUACCAACGAGAAGGCGCCCCGAGACCCCGGGAGCAGUCGGGAUCACGUGGAGUUGCAGGACGAAAGUGCCAGUGUUUACAGUCAACCGUCAAUGUUGGAGACGCAGGUUCAAGAACAGCACCCGAGAGUCGCUUCGGCAGGCAGCUAUUCCUACACGACCAGCACCAGCAGCAUUGCUGGGAUUCGAGACAAGUUGAAGCUGAAGAUGGCGCCGUCUCAGGUGAAACAGCAACCGGGCCUGUAA